AUGGAACUGAACAAAUGUACUGUGCAGCAACCCAUCACUACCAUAUACCGACUCCACAUGUUUUUCCAUUCUCUAAUUAUGCUGGCAUUAGUAUACUAUCGUCUUUCUCAUUUAUUUUACUUUGAAACUGUCCUAUGUUUACAUGCACUUGCAUGGGUGCUUAUUACCUUAGGUGAAGUUAGUUUCAUUGUCAAGUGGUUCUUUGGACAAGGGACGCGUUGGCGACCCGUUGCGCGUGAUGUGUUCCCCGAACGCAUCACUUGCAAAGAUUCUCAGUUGCCAGCGAUUGACGUGAUGGUCUUCACUGCCAACCCGAAGAAAGAGCCAAUUGUGGAUGUCAUGAAUACUGUGAUAUCCGCAAUGGCUCUGGAUUAUCCGACGGACAAAUUGGUGGUGUAUCUCGCAGAUGAUGGCGGAUGCCCCUUGACAUUGUACGCGAUAGAGGAAGCGUGUGGUUUCGCUAAGUUGUGGCUGCCUUUCUGUAGGAAGUAUGGGAUCAAAACGAGGUGCCCUAAAGCGUUUUUUUCGCCAUUAGGGGAAGACGAUCGUGUUCUUAAGAAUGACGAUUUUGUAGCUGAACAGAAAGAAAUAAAAUUAAAAUAUGAGGAAUUUCAGCAAAAUGUGAACAGUGCUGGUGAAUCCGGUAGAAUCAAAGGGGACGUAGAGCCAGAUCGAGCGCCGUUUGUCAAGGUAAUAAAUGACAGCAAAAUGGAAAAAGAGAAGAGUGCCGACGAUUUAACCAAGAUGCCUUUGCUUGUAUACGUAUCCCGUGAAAGAAGACCCCAUCUUCGUCAUCACUUCAAGGGUGGAUCUGCAAAUGCCCUUCUUCGUGUUUCAGGGAUAAUCAGUAAUGCCCCAUAUUUACUGGUUUUAGAUUGUGAUUUUUUCUGUCAUGAUCCAACAUCAGCUCGAAAAGCAAUGUGUUUCCAUCUUGAUCCAAAUCUAUCACCUUCCUUAGCUUAUGUUCAGUUCCCUCAAGUGUUCUACAAUGUUAGCAAAUCAGAUAUUUAUGACGUCAAAAUUAGACAGGCUUACAAGACAAUAUGGCAUGGAAUGGAUGGUAUUCAAGGUCCAGUUUUGUCAGGGACUGGUUAUUUUUUGAAGAGGAAAGCAUUAUAUACGAGUCCAGGUCUAAAGGAUGAGUUUCAUCGUUCACCGGAGAAGCAUUUCGGAUUGAGUAGAAAGUUUAUAGCUUCACUAAAGGAGAAUAAUGGUUAUACUAAACAAGAGAAAGUCAUUUCAGAAGCAACCAUAGAGGAAGCUAGGACACUAGCUACUUGUGCAUAUGAGGAUGGCACACAUUGGGGUGAAGAGAUCGGUUAUUCUUACAAUUGUCAUUUGGAGAGCACUUUCACUGGUUAUCUUUUACACUGCAAAGGUUGGACUUCUACAUAUUUAUACCCAGAAAGACCAUCUUUCUUGGGUUGUGCCCCAGUUGAUAUGCAAGGUUUCUCCUCACAACUUGUAAAAUGGGUUGCUGCACUCACACAAGCUGGUUUAUCACAUCUCAAUCCUCUCACUUAUGGCAUGAAAAGCAGAAUGAGAACUGUUCAAUGCUUGUGCUAUGCCUAUUUGAUGUAUUUCUCUCUAUAUUCUUGGGGAAUGGUUUUGCAUGCCAGUGUCCCUUCUACAAGCCUUUUGCUAGGCAUUCAAGUUUAUCCCGAGGUCCAUGAUCCUUGGUUUGCAGUAUACGUGAUCGCGUUCAUAUCAACAAUUUUGGAAAAUAUGUCGGAAUCAAUCCCAGAAGGCGGAUCAGUAAAAACAUGGUGGAUGGAAUACAGGGCAUUAAUGAUGAUGGGAGUUAGUGCAAUAUGGUUAGGAGGAUGCAAGGCUAUAAUUGAAAAGUUUAUUGGAACUCAAGGAGAGAAAUUAUAUUUGUCAGACAAAGCAAUUGACGAGAAAAAACUAAAGAAAUAUGAGAAGGGGAAAUUUGAUUUCCAAGGUAUAGGGAUUCUGGCCGUGCCAUUGAUAACAUUUUCCGUGUUGAAUCUCGUUGGCUUCUUAGUUGGAGUUAAUCAAGUGAUUAUUACUAUGAAGUUUGGAGAUGUUCUGGGCCAACUCCUUGUAUCAUCUUUCUUUGUCUUUGUGGUUGUUACCGUUGUUAUAGAUGUUGUGUCUUUCUUAAAAGUUUCUUAGAGCCUAGCUCUCAAAUGUACUUCUAGUAUUUGGACUAUCUUCUCUUGAAUAAUAAAGUAAGUAUUCGC